UUUCGCAUUACAUCUCUUUAAAACAAUUCCUCUAGGUCAUAGCCCGAAACCACAACAGAAAGGAAGGAUAACACUUUGAACUGAGGACGUGUCAGUUGACAAUUUCAAGAAACAUCCGGUCCUUGAGGUUCCUUCUGACAGCGUGACCAAGUUGACGAAUCCUACAGAAAUGGCAAGGACGUUGUUGAUUUUGGCUGUGUCGAUUUUCGUUGUAACAAAUGGCUUUCUUCUUCGAAGAAAUCACAGAAAUUGGAACGGGAGAUUCCGAGGACGACAAAGGUGCUCCAUUUACGGAACCAAAGCUGUUAUCGACGAGCAUGGACUUGUGAAGAGCUGUGUUUACCACUGUGGACCAAAUCACCAAGAGGCCUAUUCAUACGUGUAUGGAGAAUAUUGCAAGCCACUACCGCAUGGAUGUUUCUCCGGCGACUGUACUCGAUGCGUCGAAGGUUUUCUUCGCCUCUUCGAUCACGGCAGCAAUCGAUGCGUCUUGCAUUGCCCCGAUGGCUACGAGGAGCAAUUUGGAAUCUGUAUAGAAUUACCUUAUGGCUGCAAAGAUUCUGGCUGUACACAAUGCAGAGAGGGGUUUUUUUAUUUGCCGUACCCCCUGUUUUUUGGAACCAGAUGCAAACGAGACUGCCCUAAAGGAUACUUCAAAGAUCACUCGAGAAGUCGAUGCGAGAAAAGCAGACGCAAGGAAGGAUGUGCAGAUGUUCUCUGCUACAAAUGUAACAAUGGAUACUACAAACACGUCGACGAAAACUAUCAGAACAGAUGCGUCACGAAAUGUCCUGAAGGAUAUGGACCAUUUAAUGGGCGUUGCAGAAGUAUUCCAGAAGGGUGUUUAACUGCCAACUGCUCCGAGUGCAGAGAUGGCUACUUCUAUUAUGAAGGAGCGGUCUUCUUUCAAAAAUGCAGAGAGAGUUGUCCGAUAGGAUUCCAUCCUGACCACAACCUCAAAGCUUGCAUUCCAUGUGGGGAUGUUAACUGCAAUCAAUGCGAUGAAGUCCCUUUCAAGUGCAACAAGUGUCGCAGCCCAUACUCUUUGCUGGUGGAUGGCAAAGAAAGUGAAAAACACUGCUUUACAGCUUGUCCAGAAGGGUACGUGCGCUCAUUUGAUUACCAAAAGUUUGUGUUUGUUUGUGAGUCAAUUGAAGGUAAGAAAGAAGUAACAACUACAACAGAACCAGCCUACACCACAAUUCCAAAUACAACACCCCAAGAGGUUACAACUACAGCGGAACCAACAACUGCUCCAAUUGCGUCGACAUUGGAAGAAAUCAAGACGAAAAAGCCAAUUAUAACAACAAAGGGACAAGAGGUGACAACAAAUCCUACAACAGCUCAAGUCACAACAACAACUUUUCCACUUCCUGAGGGAUGCAGUGAUCAAGAAUGUACACAGUGCUCUGUCGGUUACUACAGGCUGGUCACUCAUGGAAAGUCUGGAUGUCUUAAGUCAUGUCCUGGGGGAUUCUAUAAAUCAACAUCAGAAUGCCUUGCAUGUUCUGAGCCGAGAUGUAGCUCAUGCUCAAAGAGUCCUUUCCAGUGCGAAUCCUGUAAAACAGGAUUUUUCCAGUUCUCAUCAAAUGGAAACGAGACAGUCAAAUGUCUGGACAAGUGUCCCUUGGGGUACCAAUCUGUUAAGAAGAAUGGGACAAUAUUCUGUGAAAAAGAGCCAAUCCCAGAUUGUGCAAUUGAAGAUUGUGAAACUUGUGCUAGUCAUGAACUGCAUGGCUUUCACAUUGGGUGCCUUGAAUGCAAAGCUGGAUACCUCCUGAAAAGAAACAUUUUUAAAGAUCAAUGUGUUGCAGUUUGUCCUGACAGUUUCUAUGCUGGAGUGAAACCAGGAACAAAUAUUAGUGCAUGUCUUGAUUGUGAUGUACAAUUUUGCCAAAAGUGCAUCAAAAGAAAGAAGUGUGCACAGUGCUUUGAGCCAUUUGUUUUUGACUUCAAGAAAGCAAAAUGCACACUUUGCCCUUCAGGGACAAUCUACAAAAGAAUAACCAGGUCAUGCAAAUCAGUUAUCAAAAAAGGUGGAGGAAAGCCAAUAACAAUUGAAGGUCUUAUUUCUUCCUCCAAGAAGAAGAAAAUGGGGAUCAAGAAAAAAACUGUGAUUUAUUCUUAAACUUAUUGCUUGAGCCAUUUUUGACUGAAAUCAGCAAAUACAUAUUUUUAUUUCAACAACUUAACCUUUCUUGAAUGCUUAAUAUUGUUGGGAAUAACUCAUUGUGUGCUUAUGGAGUUUGAUGGUGCACAAGAAUGUUAAACAUUAUGCUAGACUACAACAUGGCAACAUUGUAUUCUGCAGCAACUAUAAAACGAUUAAAAGUCUCUUGCAGUUCCCAAAAAUAAUUUAACAGUGUGUAUGUGAUAAAUGAAAGCAAGUUUUGUGGGUCUACAUAUAUGCUCUGUAAUACCCCAAAGUCAUGUUUUUCAACCAAAAAUUAAGGGCUGAUUUAUAUGCUGUGUUAAGAUAUAGGCUGAGAAAUAAGGGAACUUAGAAGAACAAGGGUUUAAAACAUCCAGGAACAGGUAUUAUAGAGGACCAUAAUUUCAGUCUGCCUCUAAGUUUUUGAGAUGUUAGUGCUCACGAUAUUGAUUUAAUUAUGACAUAAAAUUAACAAUUAAAGUCAACAGUUCUUUGGAUAUGACCAUCAUUAGCAACUGACGGUGAAAAGUUUUAAAAAGAACAAAUUUUCCUGGGUCAAAAUUUUCUGGAUUAAAGUACAACACAAGCACAAACGAAAAUUGCAUCCUGAAUCGAACAUGAUAAGAAAAUUUGCAUCCCUAUUCAUUAGUAUUCUAUGUGAUAUUAUAUGGAUUUUUAGCAGCACUAGGUAUAUACACGGUUUAGCAUCAGUUGUGCAAGGGGUUUUACAUUGGUUUCAUAAAGUUGAAUGUUAACUAAUUGAAGAAAUUUAUGUUGGUCCUAACUGAAUGAAUUUAUGUCAUGUUAUGCAUUACCAGAAGGUAAAUUGAUUUUUUUAAACUGAAGAGGCAGACAUUGAAGUUUUGCAAUUAAUUGAAGUUUGAAUCAAAAAUCGCAAUUAUUUGAAGUUUGAACCAAGUAAACUGAUUUGAAUGGAUUCUUAAUGGCCACGACAGGAUAAAGAGUUUAUUGAGUUGAUGAAGGUUGGAAAUGGACCACACAGAAGAUUUUCUGCUUUGUCAGUAUUGACAUUUAAAUUUACCUAUCAAAUUAAAAGAUUGAAUGUUUGUUAAAAAUGUAAAAUGAAAUUACACAUAUUUAAAGAUUGUAUCCAACAAAUUGUUGAAAAAAUUUACCUAACAUGGCCAUUACUGCAAGAUAGAAGAACCCCUAUUCACCAUUUAAUUUCUGCCCACUCAGUUGUAGAUCAUGCAGGUAUGUUAAUGGUCCUUUUGGGACAACCUUGUUCCAUGUAUUACCAAAGUACCCUUGUUUCAUCUGAUCAAGAGGGCAUUCUGCCUUAACAGCUGGUAUAGCAUACAUCAUGCAAAGCCAUUUCCAUAAAUUUGGAUAUUCCUUUAUAUACUUGUGGUUCAACUUCAUUCGUAAAUAGUAAAUUGGAUCAUGCCGGAAAAUUGUUGGAAACAAUCUUAUAUCAGUCAGGGUAAGUUGACUACCGCAAACAAAUGCACUGUUUGCCAGCAUGGCAUCAAGCUUAUCAAGUGCACCAAAGUAUUCAUCAAAUGCAUCUUCGUAUGCUUUCUGGGAUGAUGAAAAACCAGCUUUAUAAGCUCCAUUGUUUAUUUUGUGGUAGAUCCAGUCAUUGCACUCAGACAUAAAAACUUUCUUUUCAGCUGGAAUCAAGUUGAUAGGAUUUUUGGCAAGAGAAAUAAAAGAUGUUGCCAACAUCUCAAUUAUUUCAGCACUCUCGUUGCUUACAAUGGUUUUUGUUUUCUUAUCAAACAACACAGGAACACUUGGUCUUGAUGCAUUCAAAUCAGCUCCUACCAUUUUGUAAAUCUCAACAACUGUAGUUUUACCGUUGACUGUGUCAUUUGUACAGCUAUCAUACUGAAUCUAAAGAAAAGGAGAAUAGUUUCUAUUAGUAACACGUUCAUCUCAAGGUCAAGCAAAUUAUGCUCUGAAUACAAACAUUAAAGGCCAAAAUUUCUGGGAACAUUCCAGUCCUCUGGAGUACUUCUGAGUUUCUGUUGAUAUUCUAAAAUGGCUUCUCAAUAAAGGAAUUGCCCAUAGUGAACAACAUGCAUAAAAAUGUCUGAAUCAAAGAAGCAGGCCUCUCCGUGAGCAUUUUAGCGGGCGCGUGCUCAAACGCGCGCCUCGCUUUGCUAAGGUGCGCGUUUUAUCAAAAAAAUAUAUUAACGUCAAAGUAGGCAAAAAUGGCAUGUUUUUGCAUAUAAAUACUUUGUAUCUAGAAAUAUCUAAAAAAACUACUUAAUAGAGCACUAAAAGCAAAAAAACACAUUAUUGUUGCAGUUCGAUAAUGUCCAGCUCAAAUUCCGAUGAAGAAUCGGAAUCAGAAGAAAUGGAAGAAUCAAAAUUCGUUCCAUUGACGUACGAUUCAAUUGCUUUCCUGGCACUUCCUUUACAAAGAGGAUUUGAUAAAAUAACGCUUUUGUGUUUUGAGCAAACUUUACACCAAAUCGAAACCAUCAUUGUCUUCCCAUUUCAUUUUUCGGUCUUUGAUCCGCUAACUUCGUCCUUGCGAUACUUGCGAAAGCAGAUAGCUCUAUGGCUUGACCCUUUGAAUUACUGGCCAUUUAAAAAACUUAUAACAAUCAGGAAUCGCAAUGACAGUUUAUUGGUUAUUGACCGGAAAUAUAUUCAAGAGGCUUUAACUUGGCAAUAACAAUUUCCUCGAAAGAGGGAUUAAAAGAAGCAACCGUUUAUUUUGAUAUCAAUCGAUUUCGAAUCCGCAAGGCUCUUGGUAUAAUAAUUGUUCAAAACCAAAACACAAGGAGCGUGAUUCAAAGAGUUCUUAUAAACCAGGCGCGUGAUUUAUUGCGCGUCUCGGCAACGACAGGAGCGUGCCAAGGCGCGCGCGCGUGAUCGGGCGCCUUAAACGGAGAGGCCUGAAGAAGAUAAUAUUUUUAGGGAGAAAUACUGAUAUUUUUGGAGAUAUUUUUGCACACCCAAAAUCAAUCAUACUUUGCACCAGGGGCAUGGUUGGAAUUUUUGUGGGCUGGGAAAAUCCAAUUUUAGGGGCCCACUAUACAAUGUUUUAAAGGCACAACAUUUUGAUGCUAAAGGGAUGCUUGAAAAUGAAACACCAAUCUCCCGAAGCUGUGAAUAUGAAUCAACCAUGCAUAAAAUAUAUGACAAAAGUAUCCAUUUCAUUAACUUUGUUGUUGCUGCACCUUGUUCAUAAUUUAAUCAGGCAUUAGGAGGCUCAAAUAUUCAUGUUGUAUAUGGUUGGGAAUUUGUAGCAAAAUCAUUUUAUUCAGAUUCAUGGUUUUUUGUAAUCAUUCAUGCUUUGUAUGUUUAUAUUCACACAUUUUUUCAUUCAUAUUCAUGCUUUUUCAUUCAUUUUAA